UCUCUAGUUCUUCGUUGAUAGCUGGUAGAAAGUUUUGUUAUUUUGCCAUGCACGCAAGGUGCUCGACGUAAUUCCGAAGAGAGUGUUUUAUAACAACAUUGUGGAACGAAGAAAGCUAUUUAAGUUAGCAUGAGGUUUAACUUAAUGAGAUCACUUCUGCUCCACCCCUAUGGAGGCUCCAUCAUCACUGUCCGAUCAACAACAACAUCUGGUCAGUACGUAGCUUCCAGAGCAAGGGACCCUGUUUUCGAGAAGCUCAUGGACAAAUACAAGAACCUACUCAAGGUCAUUGCCAUACAAGACCUCGUCCUCGCGAACCCUACAGCUGAACCUCCUUCUGUAUCCAUUGAGUUCCUCUCCAGGCUCUCCCAGAAGCUUCACCUCAACCGUGGUGCCGCUUCUUUUCUGAGGAAGUACCCUCACAUUUUCCAUGUCUUGAAUGAUCCUGUGAAGUCUCAGCCCUUUUGCAGGUUAACUGAUGCAGCCAUGGAGAUAUCUCGUCAAGAGGCUUUGGCUAUCAAUGCUGGUUUGUCUGUUGUUGUUGACAGGUUGGUUAGGCUCCUGUCUAUGUCUAUAUCAAAGUCAGUUCCUCUUCGUGCGGUUUUCAAGGUUUGGAGAGAACUUGGGCUCCCUGAUGAUUUUGAGGACUCUGUGAUCUCAAAGAACCCUCAUGUUUUUAAGCUUAGUGAUGGUUAUGAGCCCAAUACACAUAUCUUAGAGCUAGUUCAAGAAGAAGGUAAGGGUCUGAGUUUUGAAGCUGCAGUUGAGAAAUGGAGGGUGGUUGAGUGUUGUAAGGAGGAUUGUAGUGUGGAUAGAAUCGAUAUUCAGUUUAGUUUCAAACAUAGUUACCCACCAGGGAUGAGACUGAGCAAGAACUUUAAGGCUAAAGUUAAGGAAUGGCAGAAAUUGCCUUACGUGGGUCCGUACGAGGACAUGGUUGGCAAGAAAAAGAACAAGUCCGGUGUGAUGGGAGUAGAGAAAAGAGCGGUUGCGAUUGCUCAUGAGUUCUUGAGUUUGACUGUUGAGAAGAUGGUGGAGGUAGAGAAGAUCAGCCAUUUCAGAAAAUGUUUUGGGAUUGAUUUAAACAUAAGGGACUUGUUCUUGGAUCACCCGGGGAUGUUUUAUAUUUCAACUAAAGGGAAAAGACACACUGUGUUUCUCAGAGAGGCGUAUGAGAGAGGACGUUUGAUAGAUCCAAACCCAGUCUACGAGGCGAGGAGGAAGCUUCUUGAUCUUGUCCUCUUGGGUCGCCAUGCUGCUUUAUCAGAUUCUAGGGACACAAAUAUGUCUGAAGAAGAAUGAAACUGUGAGUAUUUUUUAUUCUUUUAGGGUUGAGAUAUGCUAUAUUGCCCAGUUAAAUGUAUGAAAACACUUCAGAGAUGAGAUAACCAAGAAUUUAAGCAAUCUUGAGUCUCAUUGUUGUG